AUGGCUUGGCGCCAGAUCUGCAAGGAUUCUCUCAUGUGGCGCACCAUCGGCAUGCACAACGACAGCAAUUUGGAUGAUGUGAUAUUGAACUUGGAUUUGAUGCGCCGCUACGCAGUGGAUCGUAUCGCCGGCAAUCUUGUCGAUGUCAACGUUGAAUACUUCAGCUCUGAUCACCUCCUCAACUUUAUCAUCGAUCGGUGCCGUGGUAUUAAACGUCUCCGGUUUACAUAUUGCUACGAUAUAACAGAUGUGGGGUUGAGUGAAAUGGCUUCAAAACUUCCUCUGUUAGAGGAGCUUGAAAUUUCUUUAUGUGAUAAUCUGUCGUCUAAAUUUGUGGAAGCGGUUGGAUGCUUAUGCCCCCGUUUGAAGUCAUUGAAAACGCAAAAGGGUGAGAGAUAG